ACAAUUAUGGUAUUCUGGUGAUGGAAACAUUUACGGGGAGGAAGCCUACAAAUGAAAUGUUUGCUGGAGAAAUGAACCUGAAAUGUUGGGUGAAAGAAUCUUUGCCUGAUGCAAUAACAGAAGUAGCAGAUGCUUAUUUGUUGGAAAAAGAUGAGGACAAUUUCAUGGCUAAAACCAGUUGCAUAUCAUCUGUUAUGCAGUUGGCUCUAGAUUGUUGUGCAGAAUCACCAGCAGAGAGGAAAGAUAUGAAGGAUGUCGUGGUAAGCCUUAAAAAGAUCAAAGAUAAGUUUCUAAAGGAUACUGGACGAGCCUAAUCUCCUUAUUUUGUA